AAAGUUCAGAUUAGGUUAAGUUUCAUUGAAGGGGUUACCAAGCGCGAUUCUGAAAUUUACCUUUCAUAACAGUACGUGAAUUCAGCGGUGACAUAAAUAUGAGUCUCUUUGUUGUAAACAGGUAUCAGGGUAACGAUGAUAAUGUAACAGAUUCAACGAAUACAGAAGACCACUACACAACUUUGUUGAAGAAAAUUGAGGAGCGCAAAAAGCGCAAGAGUGCAACACAAGAAAACAAAGUUAAUCAAAAUGGAGUUCACGGCUCUGAGGUUACGGUUGCGAAGAAGAAGCGUAAGAAACAAAAGACCUUGGCUACUAAAGAAAACGAAGCAGAAUGCAAAGACACAGCUACUCCUGAAACAAUCACACCGUCUAAACAUUUCACUGCUACAGAAGUCAACGACCUUGCAGCUAGUGAACGGCAUGAAAGCUUGACAGAAACCACAGGUUCUACGCAAAAGGCAACUGCAAAGAAACCUGAUUAUCUUAUUCUCGGAUCUGAUUCUCACAAGAAGAAACCAGUUAUUAAACGUGUCUUACCUGAAUGGUUGUCAAAACCAGAACUAAUUUCUGCCGAUGUAAAUAGCGGCCCUAGUUUAUCUGACUUCGAAUCGAUCUUAGAUUCUGAUAUAAUAGAUGUUCUUAAGAAAAGCGGAGCAACAAAACUUUUUCCAGUUCAAGCAAACAUCAUACCAUGGUUACUGGAAUGCGAUAGGCAUAGAAAAGUGGGCUGGUGGCCACGAGAUGUUUGCAUUUCAGCACCUACGGGAAGUGGAAAAACACUUGCAUAUGUUUUACCAAUUAUUCAACUGCUAAAGGAUCGAUUAGUAAGAAAAGUCCGUUGUCUUGUCGUACUUCCAGUCCAGGAGCUAGCUGCACAGGUCUUUAAAGUGAUGAAAACAUAUUCAGAGCAUACAAAUUUGCGGGUAACAUUGCUCUCAAGUGCUGCUACUUUUCAGCAAGAACAGGAAAAACUUGUCAAACAAGACGGAUCUGGAAACUACAUCAGCAAGGUAGAUAUCAUUGUAACAACACCUGGUCGCCUGAUAGAUCACAUUGAAAGAACCAAAGGAUUUUCACUAUCUUCACUGCGAUAUCUUGUCAUCGACGAAGCUGAUAGAGCCACGGAUUGGCUGCAGCAUCUUCCGGCUCCACAUUACGGAUCAGCCACUCUUAAUAUAUCCAACAUUGACUCAAAGAAUCGACCUACUCAGAAGCUAUUGUUUAGCGCGACGUUAUCUCAGGACCCCGAGAAGCUGAGUAGACUUGGUUUAUUUCAACCCAAGUUAUUCACAUCCGUUCUACCAGAAGACAAAGAUAUAGAUUUAAAUUUGGACAAAGCUACCGGAGAUUUUGUUGGGCGUUACACUAGUCCGGACGAACUAGUCGAGAAAGCUGUAGAGUGCGAGACUUUGAACAAGCCACUUGCUCUUUUCCAACUAUUAACUGGAAGCGACGAAGUGCAAAGAACGCUGGUGUUUACAAACUCCGGAAAUACAGCGCAUAGAUUGGCCUUGCUAAUCAGUUUACUGGGUAAAAAGAGAGGAUUAACUGUGGCGGAAAUGUCUGCACGUUUGGAUUACAAAAAACGAGAAAGUGUGUUGUCGAAAUUCGCACAAGGAGAUAUUCAAGUGUUGGUUAGCUCGGAUGCUUUAGCCCGUGGAAUGGAUAUCUCGGGUGUAAAUCUAGUCGUUUCCUACGACUUGCCAAAACACAUCAAAGGUUACAUUCACAGAUCAGGUCGAACAGGUCGAGCUGGUACUCCGGGUACAGCGGUGUCUAUUCUAACACCCGCACAGAUCGCAGCUUUCACUAAAAUGUUGACCAGUGCUCGAAAAACUGUACCUGUUAUUGAGAAAAUGGAUGUUGACUCGUUUUCCGAAUCCCCUGAUUACGAGGAGCAUAUAGAAAAGCUGAGAGAAAUGUUGGAGGAGGAGCAAACCAACGACUUGAAUCAUAUAAAGUCUGUUAAAAGAAGGCAUAAACGGAUACAUAAGAAGCCAUAAGUUCAACUACUGCCUUCUGCUUACAGUAAAAUAUGGAAAACCACUUUUCUAGACACUUUCUGUAAUGUAAAUAACGUGUCGGGUAAUUCUAUCACGUACGAUACCGAAAAACAAUAUUUAUGUCCACUGAACUACGUUACGUGAAAAAUGCAGUGAAGGAUUUAACAUCGAUAA